AUGGCGAACCAAAGUAUUAUCCCUGACAUCUCUCACUUCGUCACGUCGUACGAUCCGCAGGGUAAAUCAACAUUCCUCGCUGCGCCAAACCCACCACUUGUGCAGCAGAGUAAUGAUUCUCUGCGUGUGGAUUACAUUUACUCUACUGUCGCUUCUCCAAACGGGCCUGUCCUUACGGACAUGGACGAUUACAGGAAGAAUGAAGAUGUUCGCAGAGAACAUCCAUACGUCAUGUUUCCCCUUGCGGGUGGAAGUGCUGCUAUGGUCGCGAGUUUUGCACCGAAUCCUGAUGGAAAGGAAGGAUUUAUGCAUCGGUCGCAGACCCUUGAUUACGUGUUCAUCAUAUAUGGGGAGCUGGAGUUGACUUUGGACAGUGGGGAAAAAAGGGUUAUGAAGCCAGGUGACGUGUGUGUGCAGCGCGCAUCUCAGCACUCGUGGAAAAAUUUGAGCAAGACUGAGUUCGCGAGGUUUGGGGCCGUUACUUUAGGGAUUGAAGGUGCGAAAUUGAAUGAGAUGAUCUUUCCCGAAGCGGUAUAAGCUUCUCAUAGGACAUCGGUCUAUGGCCCCACUGAUUGAUGCUAAAUAGUUCAAAGUCGUGAUGGUUGGGAAAUACAAACGCUCUGUAUCAUGUCAAUUCACUUCGUAGAGUUUUUGAAGGAAUACUACAUUACAUAGGUAUCUUGCCUCCACGCUUGCACGCUCACUUCCCAUGUCUUCUCUCCAG